AUGAGUUCCCUUCUCAACUCUGGUGUUGUCACCAUCAAGGUCGAAAAGGCGACCCGCAUGAACGCCAGUAUUGGUGGCGGCGAAAUUAAAUUCGAGAAGUCUUAUGAACUUCCUGCAAGAAAGCCGACCCAAAAAUUACUCAUGCCUUUCUUGACAAAAGCUCCAUUCAUGUGGAAUCCAGAAAUGGACUUCAAGAGCAAUCUUAUCUAUGACUUACCUAUUUGGCCGAAAGUAGAAUCAAUCCAUGUCCAAUUAGAUCCAUCAGUGACCGAAUUCAAGUCAGAGAAAAGAAUUCCAGAAAAGCCGAUUGUACACGACAAAGAGGAAGAAGUUCAGUUCCAAUCAAACUUCCCAAAGCCUCCUCUCAGUUAUGCAUUUCCAGAAGGACAAGAGAUCGAAUUACUCGAUGAGCUUCCAAACACAACCAAUGCUGCCGGACCAAUACAGUCCAAAUCUGUCCACAAAACAAGAAGAGAUGGCCAAGAUAUCAUGUCUUCUUUACCAGAAAUGCCUGCGAACAUUCUUGUAUCAAACAAAGAGUUCGUAGAGACACGUCUUAUCGUUCCCUUCCCAUGCAACCUUCCAAUUUUCAAAGAUCAAGAAUAUCCAGCUCCACCUGAUCAACAGAUCGACGAUACAACAGAGAAAGUCGAUACAAGCAAGACACAGAUCAAGAUUGGUCCGAAACGCGUUUACUCACCCGAUGAAGUUUACAAAUGCAAGCCACAAAAUCUUGAUAAGCUUGAACGUCUCAAAACACCCGGCUUCAUCAUGCUCAUGAACCUUUCAAGCAUUACAGCCAAUCGCGUACCCACUCGUCGCACAGGAUUCUUCUCUGGCAAAGCAUCUCUCGUUGAACACGAAGAAGACCGCUACAUAACAACAGGAUACAGAAAGAGAGCAGGAGAUUUCAGUGACCAGUCAAUAGAAGCCAUGACACGUGAAGCUACGAUCAAAUUAAAUACUCUUAAUACUAAGAACUUGGCAUCUGUUCUUUCCUGGUUCAAACAGAACAUCGGACCACUCUUACCAAUGAACACUGUUAUUUUCUUGUUGUUGAACAGAGCAACAAUGGAAAAUACAUCACCAGAAAAGAAUAUGCAGAUACAACACUACGCGUUAUUCGCACAUUACCUCUGCAUGAAUUCCACAUUCCAUGACAGAUUAAUCACCUUCACGAACCAACGAUACGAAGCUUUGAUCAAUUCCCCUCAAACGAAAAUUACAACUAUUCAAUCUUUUAUCGUUUGGAUCGCGAAUAUUCUGAAGGAAACGAUUAUUUCACCUUUCUAUUUCUACAGAGCUCUUGAAGGCGCCAUUCUCAAGCAGCCACAGAAGAAAGCAGUUGAUAUUGUAAGAACAGGAUUAUCAGCUGUCGGUGAUUACUUGAUCAAGAAGAAAUCAUCAGAAGUUGCAACAUUUUAUAGAUAUGUUCAAGAUAAUUGUCACGUUUGUGACGGUUAUGUACAAUUCUUGGUCAAAGAGUUACUUGAAGAGCGGGAGAAAUACACGAAACAGACACCAAAACAAGAAGAAAAAGCGAAACCAAUACAAAAACAAAGGAUCCAAGAAAUCAAACAAAAAGUUCCAGAAUACGACAUUGCAUCUCUUGAAGAAGAAAUUGAAGGUCAAUAUCAACAGACAGGACCCAAUGAACCAUUUGAUCCAUCAAUCAACAAAUCAGCACCUCUUAAACUUGUUAUUUCCACGAUCUUCAAGUUCUUGAAGAACCAUGUCAGAGAUAUCCAUGAAUUUGUUGAAUAUCUCGGAGUAAUCAUCACAAGAUUACCAUAUAACAGGACAGAAAUAAGAAGAGAAGUACAGAUACAACAUCCACAAUUCCAGAAGAUUGUUAUUGAUGAAGAUAAUCCUGGUUUAUGGGGUUUGGCAUUCACUUUUUACGGUGAAUUGUUGAAUUGCAAUUUGUUCUCUUUCGUCGAAAUUAUUGAGUUCAUUAAACUCAUUCCUAAAGAAGGUCCACAACCAAAACUCGAGAUCAUCAUGGGAAGAUUCCUUUCGCACGCAAUUGUCGAAGAAAAUGAUAUCAUCGAAGCUGCACAAAAGACAGAUUUGAUGAAGGAUGAACAAACAUUGGCUUGGGCUAUAACUGCUGUAAGAUUCACUUCUGGUGAACCUGCUGCUAAACGUGCAAAGGAUUUGGAAAAGGAUGCAAAGCCAAAUGUCGUUGAUGUCGGUUUCUUCUGCCGCAGACUUAUCUUCGAUAUGUUUGGAACUGAAGACGCUCAAAUGCACUACAAGGAAAUCCUCAAGAAAUCAGAGAAAAUCUUCCAAACAAGCGUAAGAUUAUAUCCGGAAUUCUGCCAGAUGGUUUUGUCUUACUCAGCAGAUCAACUCGAGGCUGAAGACGUCAUCGUUUUGGAGUUCUUUGACUACGUCAAGGCUUUAUUGAAUACUGAAAUGUAA